AUGGCCUCCACUAGUAUCACUUGUAUUCCUUCCAUCUUGGAUAAUCUGCAAGCGCUGGAGAACGAUUGUCCAGAAUUUCCAAAUGGGCAGCAGAAGUACCUGAAACGCAUGCUAAGAUAUCUGAGAACAUUUCUUCUGUGUGCGAGAAAAUACAGCAACGAUGAUGUGCAAUUACCAUUUAACAACAAAAAGAACCAGACAGAUAAUCAUUAUGCAAGCAUAGAAGCUCUGGCAGUUCGGAUUGGAGAUGCCAUUCCCAAGUGGGCAAAGGAGAUCCAAUCUUCUGAUCAGCGUUGGGAUACGGUCCAUGAUUUAGAAAAAGACAUUAAAUCCUUCGAACAAGAAAUUUGCGAAUGGUAUGUCUUUUUCUUGGGUUCCUCGUCACAGCAAUCCAGUAAUUCGCUCGUUCGAAAAGAUGACCUCAUGGAAUUCAUGGAUUCUCUUCUGGAGAAUCUAGUGAAUUAUUGGUCAUGGAUUCGGCCGGCACAUGAAGUUGGACUAAUUAAAGCCCUUGAAGAGAAGCUGGCGUUCAUGAAAAACGUCAUCCGUUUUGUCAAACUGUAUGGUGUUCAAAACACAGAAUUGGGACCUUUGUUGGUUCACACUGAAGCUGUGGCUAUCAAUGCAGCACGCCUCUCUUAUAAGUGCCAGUUUAAGAAAGGUUUCGGACCGCCCAAGGAUGUCGUGGAAAGCAUUUCGGAACUGCUGCAGAAGAUUAUUCCUAUUGAACAUCAAGUCCUUGAGACUUGUAUCCAGGCCCUGGCUGCUUCAAAGUUAUCAAGACAAUCACGUGGAGACACAGAUGAACAUCUGUUGAGAGACUUCUUCCAUUCCCUCCUGUGUAAUCUUUGGGAGAAACUAAAGCAUGGUACUUGUCCUGUGAUUUUGCGUCAGCUGCAAAUGUUUUACGAGGGGUUAAAUUCCUUGAGAACCAUUUUGAAGGAGAAGCCAAAGGAGUUCGAUGAGAAAGUAAGAGAUCCUACUCGAGUCGUGAAAUGUUAUGGAGGAGAUUUUAUUUCCCCACUCUCUCUGAAUGCAAUCAAAGACGCCAUACAAGCCAAGGAUAUGGAUAUUGUGUGUUCUGAGUUAUUGGAAAUAAUUAAGCUCAUCGAUGCAGUAAUCACAGAGAAGUGUCCAGAAUCAUCAUCAUUCAAUUUUCCUAAGACCAAUGGACUGGGCUUUGUUGAUUCCCUUCUAGAAACGAUGAUGGAUGUGACAAGUUCUGAGGCUGGUUCGAUUGCUUUGAUCGAUCAUCCAAUUGAAAAAGUCCAGGAAGAACUUGUUUGUUUACGCUCUUUGCUGAGGAAAAUUGUGAAGCUGCACAAUGAAGACGAGGAGGUCCAGGCAAUUUGGGAUCGUAUUAUUGAGGUGGCAUAUAGGAUAGAGUUUCUUAUUGACUCCUUAAUAACUGGAAAUAUCUUUGAUUCUUCUUCAAUGUCCAUUCAUUCCAUUUUAGAAGAAAUGAACAUCAUUAAAGCUGCAGCCUUGAAGAUUUGUGGUAGCGAAAGACUUGGUGGAGAAGUAAAGGAACUAACGAAGAGAUUCAAUCACAUGCCACAAGAAGGAAGUAAGCCAAUAGUCAAUGAUGUGGUGGUGGGAUUCGAGGAUGAGACGGCAUCGAUAAUCAAUGGACUCAGAAAUGGAUCACGCCAAGUGAAAAUUGUUUCCAUUGUGGGUAUGCCGGGAUGCGGUAAGACAACUUUGGCUAGAAAAGUGUACAAUGAUUCUUCAGUGAAGUCCCAUUUUUAUGAGCGUUCUUGGUGUACUGUUUCUCAAAUAUAUCACAAGAGAAAUCUGUUGCUUCAAAUUUUGACUUGUAUUGAGUCCAAGCUUCCUGAGGAUGUUUUUAAGAUGGGUGAAGAAGAUCUGGCUCUUCAAGUCAAAAGACGUUUGCUGAAAAACAGAUAUCUCAUUGUUUUGGACGAUAUGGGACAUUGA